AUGAGUCAAGACUACUUUUCCCAGGACGCGGGUUCUUCCGCUGGGGAGGGAUCCUCUCGAUCGACCGAACGACAGUCUUCUGAGGAGCGGUUGCCCAGCCAGGUCCCCGGAUAUAUGAUAGUUGGAUCUGGUCCGGCGUCCGGGAAUGCGACCUCGCUGAUGUCUACGUUGAACCAGGACUCCGGGUACGGUGGAAGCGUUAUGGACGACAACUCGGAAAUGGGCCCUGAAUCCUGGCAUGCCGGGUUGAUGGAGGACCGUCCUACUCCAUCACACACGCCGGUAGGACCUGGCUACAUGAGCAAUGCAGCGCAGCAUGAAAGACAAGUUAUCGCGAACCACGUUCAUCAACUCGUAUAUAACUCUAACCGAACCAAACUCGGCCGAUCCGUUACUCGGGCUAUCGAGUUGUUGAAAGAGCUCCAGGAAAUGAACCGGCAAUGGCCAGCGCAUUACCCCUCCAUCCAAAGCACCGACACUCCUCCACAAAACAGACCCAUCCUCUCGCGGACACGUUCAUUUGAAGAGAGUAGAGAGGAGGGUGCUGAAGCCGACCCGCGACCCGGCUCAAUCCGACGUACCGUCACGUCAAUCAGCGAGGCAGCGGAAUCAAGCAGGGCCGCAGAAAACAGGUCACCAGUUGAGCCAAGGCUAGUAACACCACAGAUUGCUCGAGAAUUUUCUAUCUUGAAGCUGGAUUUGAAGCUUGGCGCGUUAUCCCCGGCAGAACUCGUCCAUUCGUUAGAGAAGAACUCUAUAGCUUCCCUUCUCGACGGGAAAGUUAGUCAGAGCAUUAAGCACUUGUUGGCAUUACGAGGAAGGAUAGAGGAUACGUCAAGCAAAGUCCUCAUUACCGGAGAUCUUAACGCCGGAAAAUCAACUUUUUGCAAUGCCUUAUUACGUCGCAAGAUUCUUCCUGAAGACCAGCAGCCAUGCACUAGUAUCUUCUGUGAAGUGCUUGAUGCUAGAGAAAACGGAGGAGUGGAGGAAGUGCACGCCAUCCCAAAGGACAAGCAAUACAAUAGAAACGACGAGAGCACCUAUGACGUUUACUCUCUUACCGAUCUCGAGUCUAUUGUUGUGGAUAACAGCAAAUACAUGCAAUGCAAGGUAUACGUGAAGGACGUGCGAACAAUCGACGAAUCUCUACUCAACAAUGGAGUUGUCGAUAUCGCCCUGAUCGACGCCCCAGGCCUAAACUCUGAUUCGGUCAAAACUACCGCUGUCUUCGCCCGACAGGAAGAAAUUGACGUUGUUGUCUUUGUUCUUUCCGCCGCGAACCAUUUCACCCUGUCAUCAAGCGAGUUUAUCAGGAAUGCCGCCCAUGAAAAGGCCUAUAUCUUUAUAGUUGUCAACGGAUUUGAUAACAUCAGAGACACAGCCCGGUGUCAACGGACUAUUUUGAACCAAGUGGCCGCUUUGAGCCCACACACUUACAAGGAGUCUGCUGAGCUGGUUCACUUCGUUUCCAGUAACGCCAUUCCUGUUGCACCUGUCAGUGGGGGUGGGGGUGGUGAUGGCGACGAUGAUGAUAACGACGAUGACCCGAAGGGUAAGGGCAAAGGGAAGGAAAAAGCGAAAGAGAAGCUCCGCGAUUUUGAAAAUCUGGAGGGUGCUCUACGACGAUUUGUCCUCGAGAAGCGAUCUAGAUCCAAGCUUGCUCCAGCCAGAACCUACUUACUUAACAUCUUGUCCGACCUUAACGUUCUUGCUAGGGUCAAUCGCGAUGUUGCCGUAGCAGAGUUGGAACGUGUAUCGGCGGAGCUCAGUGAACUUGAACCAGCCUAUGAAAAGAGCAAGAUUCAGCGGACAGAGAUCUCCGAGCAACUAGAACGCUCUAUGGCAGCCUCAUCCAAUGAUGUAUACAACCAUACCCGCUCAUCUCUUGCGGAAAAAAUAUCGACAGUCGCCCAGUCUGAUCUGGGUGUGGAUUACCCAGGUCUUCUGUCAGUUUUCCGCUAUGCUGAGGACGUCAAACUGGCAAUGCUCGACCAAAUCACUGCCUGUGUUUACCAAUGCGAAGACUACUCGCGCAAGAAAUGCGUUGAAAGUGUCAAUAUGAUCCAGAGCAUUGGAUUACUGCAUGUUGGCGAAAAUAAAUUCCCCAGCCUAAACUUCCGCUCCGAAGUCAUGUUUAGGCAGCACCGUCAUGAAUUGGCGCGACAAAUACAUACCGAACUUGACAUCUGGGAUUUCAUUGAUCUUCCCGGCUUCUGGGAGCGACAAGAGAAAGUGGCAGGUACCGGCAUGGCUAUGACUGUCGUUGGUGUGCUUGGAGGAAGAGCGUUAGGAGGAAUUGGCUGGCUUGAUGGUGUCUUAGGAGCUGCAAGAAUGCUUGGUCCGAAUAAUAUGCGCAGGUUAUUAAUACCCGGCUUGUUGGGUGCAACAAUAUUGGCCGGAGCAUACAUUCUCUCCCAGGUCCCAACAUCUCUCCCGUCAAGCUUAUCUCGUAAGAUCGCUGUGACUCUCGCAGAAAUGGACUACAUCCACUCAAAUGCCAGCCGUAUAUCUGCUGAAGUUGGGCGAGUUCUUCGUGUCCCCGCGACAAGAUUGCAAUCAACUCUGCAGAUAGCGGCCGAAGAACUUUCCAAGCGCAAGGAUGAGGUUGGGAAAAUUAAAAAAGAAAGCGAAAUUGCACAGAAAUACUUCUCGAAUCUCUUCCGCGAAAGUACCGAACAUAGAAGAACAGUGGAACAGAUCGACCUUGAUGCGCAAGCUCCCCCUGCUGCCGCAUAA